AUGCACGUCACUCGCGCUUCUCAGCCUCAUUCCAGAAUGCUAACUCUUCAUUCUUCUCCCACUAUGGCCGAGAAUUUCGAGAGACAUAAAUCCACUCGCUGGGUCAGAAACAGCGUGCCUUCGUAUGGAGACGCUUGGGAAGAUGAGUAUGGCGACUAUGACUACGAAGCUACUCCUUCGCACCCGGAUUCUACAUCACAACUUUCUCCACAACAGACGGGGUCCGUUCCGGAAAAGGCUGCCAGUGGCUCUACCCUUGUGCUUUCCAUCGACAAACUCAAGCUGCAUGCUGAAGAUGGAGAAGAGGAUGAUUCCGAAGAAGACGAAGAGGCUGAGAUCGACCAGCAGACCAACGAUCGCCAGCCGCAAACGCAACGGGCCGAUCCGCCCAAGGCAGAACAGGCUGCAGCAUUGCCGCCAAUAAAUUCUGCCACACCACAAGAUCUGUCUUUUGCCCCUCCAACGCCGACAUUUUCGACGCAUCAACAGAGCCAGGCGCCUCCCGACACACCGCAGUCAGAACAUAGUUUCGUUUCCGACGCUGAUUCCAUCCAGCGGGAGCCCGAGCAUUUAAACAUGAUGCCUGCUCCGCAAUUGAAUGAAAUAGUAGAAGAACCGAAACUGGCUACUCAUCUAGCCCUUAUGCGCGAAACAAGUUCAGCCACUCGUCUUGCCUCUCCGGCCAUUGUACCGCACGCGACUUCGCCUGCGCCAGAGUCCUUGAUUCUCUCAAUUGAUCGGAUGAACUUGAAUAACAGCAGUGACAAUGAUGACUCUGAUGAUGAUUUCCGUGACAGCGUAAACGAUAACAAGAACGACCAGUUCUCGUUUGGAAACGACAAAGGAACCGUUUCUUCAGAUGAGGAUGAUUGGGGCUACAACAGCCAGCACAGCAGUAACGAUGAGGGUGAUGAUUUAGAUGUACCCCAUGAGACAGAGGAGGUGGCGCCUGCGAAACACCACAUCAAAACGGACGCCUUGGACUCGCUUAUAAGCGACUUGCUGAAAAUGGAAAAGCAGUCCACCAUGUUUGACAAAAAUCCCGUUGAUUUGGAUGAAGCAGACGUGAAUAUGACUGAAAAUAAUGAAAACAAUAUUGGAUCUGACAGCACAGAUAAUUAUGAUUUUGAGAACGCAAAAGCUGAAGAGAAGGACACCAGUACCGUUGCGGACACAAGUGGCAUUGGCAAGUUGCCUUCAUUGAAUUCGAUUCAUGAGUUUAGUCUUCCAGAUUUCCAGGAAACAUCCUUUACGGCGGAAGAGGGACCUGUUCCAAAACUUCCUGUGUUACCUGAACUGAAUAAAUCCGUGGAAGACUUUAAAAGACAACAUGAAGAUUUUGUAUCCAACGUGCUGACUAGAAACUCUUCAUUACGAAAGGCACCUCCUGUUCUUGACCAUACCUUGUUGUCCAACAAAGAAGUAGAAAGACAUGGAUCUAAUACUGAUUUGGGCAAGAAUCCCCCCGAUGUUCCUAGCAAACAAGAUGCGUUUGACAGCUUUUCCAAGAAAGGAGGUUCUUUUGAUUCAUCCAGUAUACUUCCCCCUCCUGUACCACGAAGUGCGGAUGCAUUGUCCAGGCGAGAGUCAACUGCUUCGCAGCAAACUUUUAACAUGGGCAACUGGAAGCCGAAUACAAGUAUCUAUCGUGACAAAUUCGUCACUGACAACGACAUGGAAUCACAAAUGAACAUGAGCAUUUUCAACAACGAUGAAACAAACUACAGCAAAUUCACCGGCAUGAAAUCUGAAGAAGUUUACUCUUCCUCACGAAGUGUGUUAUCCGUGCCAGAAACUGUUGAUGCAUAUUUGCCUAGCAUUCAUGAAACAGGAUCUGACGAUGAAGAGGAAGGCGAGAGGAAAAACAGCGACAACACAUUGGAAAGUAAAGUCACUACGAAUAAUUCAGUACUCAAAGAUCACUCGUAUGAUCAAGCUCGGUUCGAAGAAAUGGAUCCUUCUCUGGAUCCUUCUACUGAGGAUAACACGCUUGAAUCGAAAGAUAUUGAAAAUCAAAAUAGAUUGAGCAAGGUCAGUGAUGGUUCUGCUAACACAUCUACAGAAAGGGCACGAGAAGACGCGCUGACACUUGCAGAGCAUGCGAAACCUAUACAACAAGGCUACCCUGUUUUUAACUGGAAGAAAAUUAUGAGCAUAUCUCAGCCCACGGACCGCAUUGAUAGUCUAAGGAGAGCUAAAGAGGAUGAAGCGAACUACGAUACAGGCUUGAACUACUGGCUUACUGAAACUUUAAGACUGAGUUCUGUCGCUCCUAAUAUCCAAAUUGGGAAAAUUGCUACGCAAGCAUAUCAAAAUGCACAACAUGGUGAUCUCAAGAGACAUACAUCCAUUAGAAGCAAGGUCUCUUUAGUGAAGGACAAAAUGGAAGCAGGAAAUUUUGGUCUACAGGCGACAAGUCUUGGGAGAAAGUUCUUAUCUCGCGGUAAGAAGUUGAUGAAAUCUAAUGCUGAAUGA